AUGGCCUCAAUUCGACCAGGUGCAACCUUUGCACCGAAGUUCACCAAGUUCAACAUCUUGCAAGCCCCCUACAAAGUCGUUGAUGGACAUGAGAUCCGCGCCGACCUGAUUAUCCCAAAGUCCCUUCCAGCAGGCAGGAAAGCGCCAGUCAUUGCGCGAUUCCAUGGCGGAGGAAUGGUCCGGGGCGACUCGAUCUACGCCGACUGGUUUCCGCAAUGGCUCCUUGACAUGGCUGAAACAUACGGCGCAGUCAUCAUUUCGGCAAACUAUCGUUUCCUCCCCGAGGUCACUGGCAUCGAUAUUCUAGAUGAUGUCGAUGACUUUUGGGACUGGAUCCAUUCGGAGAGCCUAGCAAGUCUAUUAAAGCAACAGCAACAAGAAGAAGCAACGACCUUUGAGCUUGACUUGGACCGAAUCAUCACUGCGGGCGACUCGGCCGGUGGAUUGCUCAGUGUCUAUCUCACUCUCUCCCAGCCAGAUAAGAUCCGCGCCGGAACCGCGGCAUACCCAUCGCUUUCUUGGGAUAACCCUCCCCUGUUGCCAGCCAAGAAGACCGAGAACGCGGCCCCCGAAUCAUUGAUUGACGAGUAUAUUGCCAAGAUCAACCCGGGGCAGGUCGAGUCCUCCGACUUGGCUCUCCAGCGUGUCCGGCUGUCCAUGACCAUUACCGCACACCAAAGAGGGUGUGGGCUUUUCUUUCGCGGGGCAUCCGAAUUACCUCCGGAGCGUCAUCCAGAGCGCUUGUACCAGUUGGCCCGGCUAAAUACACCACAUGCAAAGCUACCCUGCGGCGGGUUAGUGAUUCUCCACGGCACCGAGGAUGAAGCGGUGCUGCCGGAGGCAAGUGGGCGGUUUGUGCAUAAAGCCAGAGAGACCCUGCAAGGGAGACAGGGUGCCGACAAGGUCAUUCUGGCUCUACGGCCUGGCGGGCAUGGGUUUGACGUUAGCACACCGUUGCACGAAGAGUGGCUGGCCGAAGCGCUGAGGACUGCUGUAGACACGUGGUUAGAAUGA